UCCAGGGGAAACGGCUUUGUUGUGAACUGUAUCCAAAUUUUACGCGGGUUACCCGAGUCACGUCCAUUUAGUAACGGUACCCGGGAAAAGUAGGCUUGAUAAAAUGUGUGUACUGUCUCUUUAAGUUCGCUUGGCUGGUGUGCUUCGUAUUGAUCAAUCCACCAUUUUCCAACACACACUACAGCGGUAGUUGUAACACAGCGACGGCGGCGACAGAGAUACCCGUACCUGGAGACGCCAGGACCCGGGGCAGUCAUGGCAGCGAACAUGUACCGGGUCGGAGAUUAUGUUUAUUUUGAAAACUCCUCCAGUAACCCCCUAUUGAUCAGGCGGAUAGAGGAGCUGAACAAGACGGCAAACGGCAAUGUGGAGGCCAAGGUGGUGUGCUUCUACAGACGCCGGGACAUCUCCAGCACACUCAUCGCCCUGGCGGACAAGCACGCAAGGGAGAUGGAAGAAGAGAUGGAAAACCCAGAGAUUGUUGAUCUCCCAGAGAAACAGAAGCACCAGCUCAGGCAUAGAGAGCUCUUCCUGUCCCGACAGCUGGAAUCAUUACCUGCCACACACAUCAGAGGCAAGUGCUGCGUCACUCUGCUGAACGAAACGGAGGCUCUCAAGUCGUACUUGGACCGGGAGGACACAUUCUUCUACUCCCUGGUGUACGAUCCUCAGCAGAAAACCCUCCUGGCGGACAAGGGUGAGAUCAGAGUUGGCAACAAGUACCAGGCGGACAUCACUGACCUCUUGAAAGAGGGUGAGGAGGACGGGAGGGACCAGUCCAAACUGGAAGAGAAAGUGUGGGACCCCAGCAGUCCUUUAACAGAGAAGCAGAUCGACCAGUUUCUGGUAGUGGCUCGGUCGGUGGGUACCUUCGCCCGCGCCCUGGACUGCAGCAGCUCGGUCCGGCAGCCCAGUCUCCACAUGAGCGCCGCCGCUGCGUCUCGAGACAUUACACUGUUCCACGCCAUGGACACGCUACAUAAGACCGGCUACGACAUGUCCCGGGCCAUCGCGGCGCUGGUGCCCCAGGGCGGCCCGGUCCUGUGCCGGGAUGAGAUGGAGGAGUGGAGCGCCUCGGAGGCCAACCUGUUCGAGGAGGCGCUGGAGAAGUACGGCAAGGACUUCACCGACAUCCAGCAGGACUUCCUCCCAUGGAAAUCGCUCACAAGUAUUAUUGAGUACUACUACAUGUGGAAGACCACCGACAGAUACGUACAACAGAAACGGUUAAAAGCCGCAGAAGCGGAGAGCAAGCUGAAGCAGGUCUACAUCCCCAACUACAACAAGCCUAACCCAAACCAGCUGAGUGUGAACAAUGUGAAGCCGGGUCUGGUGAAUGGAGCCGCGGCAGUACCGGGUCCUCCGGGCCAGACGGCAGGACUGGGUCGGGCCUGCGAGAGCUGCUACACCACUAGCUCAUACCAGUGGUACUCCUGGGGCCCGCCCAACAUGCAGUGUCGCUUGUGCGCCUCCUGCUGGACAUACUGGAAGAAAUAUGGUGGCCUAAAGAUGCCCACGCGCCUGGAUGGGGAGCGUCCUGGACCCAACCGCAACAACAUGAGCCCCCAUGGACUGCCUUUGAGACACAGCGGGAGCCCCAAGUUUGCCGUGAAGACAAGGCAGGCCUUCUACCUGCAGACGUCCCAGCUCACCCGGGCCGCUCGCCGAAUCUGCCAAGACCUGCUGCGCCCCCGAUAUCUCGCCCGCCACCCCUACACUCCCGUCAACACCACGGCUAUCAAGGCAGAGUGCGCGGUGAGGUUGCCGGAGAUGACCAAAAACCCAGUUCCGUCCAAGCAGAGUGUUCGGAAGCCGCUGGAGUCCGUGGUGAGAUAUCUAGAGGCCCAUCCGUGUCCGCUGAAACCCGACCCGCCGCGGGGCGCCACCAUCUCCACGGGCAGCCUGACGCCCAUCAAGGCGUCGCCCAUCCUCAAUAACGGCUCGCCGACCAUCCUCGGCAAGAGGACCUAUGAGCAGCACAACGGUCUGGAUGGGACCAAGCCCAAAGCCCUGGCGCCCCAGUGGGAAAUUGUGUCCAAACGGACCUCUGCCCCUCAGCAAGAUGAGGUGCAUGAACUGGACUGACCCCUGCAGUUACCUCCUGGCCAAUAAGGAGACGAGGGAAAUCUGAAGGCAUUUUACAACCGCUCAGAACAGGAAAGCUUCAAGGAGACCGCACCAACUAAACUCCGUCCUGCCCUGUCCUCCUGGCCCUUUGAGACCACCUGUCAGAAGAGCUGAAUUUUCACUGAGGACUGAACCUAGUUCUGGCCAAUCAUAGGACUGACCUGACUGCAGAGGACUGUGUUUAUUAUUACCAUUAUUGUUAUUAUUGUCAAUGUAAUUAUUAUUCUUCUUUUUUUUUUACCAACUAUAACCCUUGCUGAUCAGUUAUUUGUGGAUCAACGAAGAAACUUUUUGAGUUUCAUGAAACAGACUGCUCGUGUACCCUGAGAAUAGGGUGGAAGGACUUUGUAAUAUAUAAGCCACAUGCAUCUUUUUUAACAUGUCAAAAAAUCUGAGAAAACGAUGAAAAAAAAAACAAAAGAUUGACAUUAAGGUCAAUUCCGAAAAUAACUCCUUUGCUUCUGUUCUGUAUUCCUUUAAAAGCUUCUUGUUCUCUUUCCGUUUUGUGAGCUGGCCCUGUCCUUGUGGCCCAAGAGGUUUAACUUAUUGAGAAAGAAUACGA